GUCAGUUCGGCUGACGCGCCGCCCAUUUCUUAUCAAACAGUAUCCGUUUCUUUCACUCUCAGUCAGAACUUUACAGUUUGAAUAAUUCAAAGGCAGCAUGGUGAAGAAGGCUGUUUGUGUGCUUAAAGGCACCGGGGAAGUGACCGGCACCGUUUAUUUCGAGCAAGAGAGUGAUACAUCUCCAGUGAAGCUCUCAGGUGAAAUCACUGGUCUUACUCCAGGAAAGCAUGGUUUCCAUGUCCAUGCUUUUGGAGACAACACAAAUGGCUGCAUCAGUGCAGGUCCGCACUUCAACCCUCAUGAUAAAACUCACGGUGGACCAACUGAUAGUGUCAGACAUGUUGGAGACCUUGGUAAUGUGAUUGCUGGUGACAAUGGUACUGCAAAAAUUGACAUUGUGGAUGAACUGGUGACCCUGUCAGGGCAACACUCCGUCAUUGGGAGGACCAUGGUGAUCCAUGAGAAGGAGGAUGACUUGGGUAAGGGAGGCAAUGAGGAAAGUCUUAAGACUGGCAACGCUGGAGGUCGUCUGGCCUGUGGUGUUAUAGGCAUCACUCAGUGAAGUCCAGUUAGCUUUAAAAUACUAGUGACCAAUGUGGAUCCCCCUUCCGUAAGCACUUAGCCCACUGAUGAUUAUAUCUCUAUUUUUGCAAGUUAAUGUUUAAAGAGCCAUGUAAAGCCGUUUUUUUUCCGCACACGUCUCUGUUGGCACAAACUGCCUUCUAAAGCUACAAAGUGAUAUGUUCGUUUCCUCUGAUCUCGACUUUAUUCAAUAAAGAUUGAGCAGACUGGA